CCCACCUACCGUACAACCAUGGCUUUCCCUCUGCUCCUGUGCGUCCUGGUAUGCAGCUACUGUUCAGUCGCACUUGGAGGCAACGAGCACGGGUUUGUAGUGGUGCCAACCAGCUCGUUCGUGCCAGCAGCAGCAUGCUCCACACCAAUUGGAGUUUCAGUUGGAAAUCCUGAUCCAACCCGUGCGUCGGUGCCCCUGGCACACCGACACGGGCCGUGCGCGCCCAAGGGUUCCAGUGCCACGGACAAGAAGAAGCCAUCUUUCGCCGAGAGGCUCCGCAGCGACCGAGCCCGCGCCGAUCACAUCCUACGGAAGGCCUCGGGCCGGCGCAUGAUGUCCGAAGGCGGCGGCGCCAGCAUCCCGACGUACCUGGGCGGCUUCGUGGACUCGCUGGAGUACGUGGUGACGCUGGGCAUCGGCACGCCGGCCGUGCAGCAGACGGUGCUCAUCGACACGGGAAGCGACCUCUCCUGGGUGCAGUGCAAGCCCUGCAACGCCAGCGACUGCUACCCGCAGAAGGACCCCUUAUUCGACCCGAGCAAGUCCUCCACGUUCGCCACGAUCCCCUGCGCGUCCGACGCGUGCAAGCAGCUCCCCGUCGACGGCUACGACAACGGCUGCACCAAUAACACCUCUGGAAUGCCUCCUCAAUGCGGCUACGCCAUCGAGUACGGUAACGGCGCGAUCACGGAGGGGGUGUACAGCACGGAGACGCUGGCACUGGGCUCGAGCGCCGUAGUGAAGAGCUUCCGCUUCGGGUGCGGCAGCGACCAGCACGGGCCCUACGACAAGUUCGACGGGCUCCUCGGGCUCGGGGGCGCGCCGGAGUCGCUCGUGUCGCAGACGGCAUCCGUCUACGGCGGCGCCUUCUCCUACUGCCUCCCGCCGCUCAACAGCGGCGCCGGGUUCCUCACCCUCGGCGCGCCCAACAGCACCAACAACAGCAAUUCCGGCUUCGUGUUCACCCCGAUGCACGCGUUCUCGCCGAAAAUCGCCACGUUCUACGUGGUGACGCUCACGGGGAUCAGCGUGGGCGGGAAAGCGCUGGACAUCCCGCCCGCCGUGUUCGCCAAGGGCAACAUCGUCGACUCGGGUACGGUCAUCACGGGGAUCCCGACUACAGCCUACAAGGCGCUGCGGACGGCGUUCAGGAGCGCCAUGGCUGAGUACCCGUUAUUGCCGCCCGCGGACAGCGCGCUCGACACGUGCUACAACUUCACGGGUCACGGCACUGUCACCGUGCCCAAGGUGGCUCUCACGUUCGUUGGUGGAGCAACCGUGGACCUCGACGUGCCGUCGGGGGUGCUCGUGGAAGACUGCCUCGCCUUCGCUGAUGCGGGUGACGGCAGUUUCGGGAUCAUCGGGAAUGUCAAUACGCGGACCAUCGAGGUGCUUUAUGAUUCUGGCAAGGGACACCUCGGGUUCAGGGCCGGUGCCUGCUGAUUGAUCCAAGUGUUCACCCCAUUCAACAGCUAGCAGAGACCAUAGCGCCGACUGACCUGAAUAACAAGGCGAGGAGACAAAAGGUUAUUUUUUGUUCUAUAGAUGGUGGCUUCGGUGGAUGAUCGGAAUUGUGUACCCCUUGUCAAAUCGACAAAAAAUGGUGUUUGAAUGUCGCAAAAUUCUAAAAAAAAAGAACAAAUGA